UGGCAACGCUGCCCCAUGACGUCAGCGCUGGGGGUGGGGGGUGGGCAGCCGGCUGUGUGCGCGGUCCAGUUGAGACGCAGCAGCCUGGAGGGAAGCAGCGUGCGACGUUGUCCUGCCUACCGAGACAUAGCUUGUGUAUCUUGUGUCUGCACGGGAAUACCUCAGAAAGAAUCGUCCGCAAUGGAAGCAGUUAAGGACAUCACAGAGACGGUGGCUGUCGACCUGGGGGACCUGCUGGACGUCGGGGACGACGCCAUGGUGAUACUCGAGGCAGGUGACACUCGGCUGGUGGUGCACAGGGCCGUCCUCGCGGACAGGAGCCCCGUAUUUGCGGCCAUGUUCGCCCACGACACCCUCGAGGCCAGCAGCGGCGUGGUGAGGAUUGCCGACAUCGGGGGCCCGGUGCUGAGGCAGCUGGUCUCCUACCUGUACACCCAGCGGGCCCCCCAGCGGCCCGGCACGGCCCCCCAGCUGCUGACUGCAGCGGAUAAGUAUGGGGCGUCGGGGCUGAAGGCGGAGUGCGAGCGGCAGGUGGCAGCUCAGCUGACCGUGGAGACCGCGGCGGCCGCGGCCGCCCUCGCAGUCCGCCACUCCUGCAGUGACCUCAGGCGAGCCGCCAUCGAAUUUAUUAAGGCUCGUACCCACGAGGUGAUGGCCACUCAGGGGUGGGCAGAUGCGAUGCUUCAUCAACCUAAAGACUUGAUCGAAGUGAGCCGGUUGCUGUACGAUCCACCACCACAAACCAGUGCACCAGUCAUUACAGAGCCGAGAACCACCACCGCCAGCACCACAACCACAACGAGAACCGCCACCACCACCGCUGCCACCGCCACCUCUGCCAGCGCACCUCACCAGACACCUGCUGCUGCGCGGCCCACGACUCCUCCACCUGAUGAGGCCACUGUCUCUCGAAUGCGUGCACCAGUCGUUACAGAGCCGAGGACCACCACCACCGGCACCACAACCACCUCCGUCGCUGCCGCCACCUCUGCCAGCGCACCUCGCCAGACACCUGCUGCUGCGCGGCCCACGACUCCUCCACCUGAUGAGGCCACUGUCUCUCAAAUGCGGAGCCCCUCUGCAGAGGAGAGGGACAGGAGGCUGGUCCAGGCGGCUCAGCUGGGGGCAGUGGGGCAGCUGAGGGCGCUGAUCGACGCAGGGGCCGACCCGGGGGCGAGGGGCGAGUGGAGGGAGUUCACCGCCCUGCACUGGGCAGCGUGGAGGGGAGACGUCGAGGCGGCGCGGCUGCUGGUGGGGGCGGGGGCGGCGGUGGACGCCAGGGAUGAUGAUCGGCGGACGCCGCUGCACUGGGCGGCACACAGUGGCCACGCACAAGUGGCGGCUGCGCUCCUCGCCGCGGGGGCCGACAGGGGGGCCAGAGCUGGUGAUGGGCGGACAGCGCUGGCCCUCGCCAGGCAGAACAACCACAGGCGGCUGGUGGAGAUGCUGUCAUGAGGCAGCCCGUCCAGCGAACUCUGUGCAAAAAAACAGGAACUGAAAGAAUUUGUACGAGAGUAACAUUCAUAAGUUUUUAAAUAAAAAUGCAAAAAACUCAA